UCAGGCCCUUACUUUGGCUUCAGUAAAGCCAGGCUAAGUAAGCCUGCAGUCUCUAAUGACUUUUGAGAAGCAAAACGUCGACGAAUUCGUUCGUCAAAACCUCCCUAGGAGUCUACUGAAUGCUACUUCUAUCCAAAAUUUCGUUUGGACUACUGAUUCGACUGAACGUCGCAAGAUAAAUCUCCUUGAGGACGGAUAUCCGAAGCAAAGAAUCUGCUCUCAGCUAUAGAAUUGCGCGAUGCCUGUUUACGGCGAUGUGCUUCGUUGGAAUGCUGUUGACGUUCGCGGCGAUGAUGAGUUACUUCAGCACGGUGACAUCAUCAACGUGGUGGAAGGUGGUCUGAUAAUCGACUUUCACUGUGCUAAUCAGCGUGCUCGGUUUAUCGAAUAUACACGGACUUUUCUGUGCCCCUUCAUGCCACGCAAGAUCGAAGCAGAAAAGGAGGAUCUGCAGGUAGUUCUGCGCCGUUAUCCGGAUGGCGCCUGGAUCUGGUAUCCUGCUCGAACUCCAGUUCACGGACGAUUCAAAUGCGCGGACGCGGAACUGAUGGAAAUACAGUUGACGGAAGGCACCGUCCGGCAGCUGGUCCCCGUCGGUCAAAUACGCGCAGCGCCCUCGCCAACGAAUUUGAAAUGGCACUGCGUACCGAAGGGUGCCUUCGUGGUCCGCUCGUGUUCCUUGCCGGCCGCCUACUGGCUCCGUGGUUCUCAGCUUCUCGGAGAGAUAUUCAAACGCAAGCUGAGCCAACAUUACAAAGUGUGGUGUACCUCCCUGCUGAGCCAGACCGUCCUCUAUUUGCAGCGCGCAACUGACAGUCCAUUGACUUCUGAACAAGUGGAAAGCAUGUACUACGAUGCGAAGAUGGCGGUGGCUUACGGAACCUCCUUCGACGUAAAGUUACUGCAGCUUCAGUGGGAAAGAGAAGCUACAAAGCCGCGCAAGGUUUCUGGUAAUAGGAACAGGAGCCUGCCGCUGCCGGUGGAGCUGUUGGUAGAGGUCUUCCAGUCGCUGGACUCCAUCGAGCGCAUCCGCUGUCACCGGGUGUGCUCACUGUGGGACCGUAUUCUCGCCAUCGAAGCCAACUUUCCUGAUGUGCGCGUCUCCAUCGGCCAUCCGGAUUAUGGCAUGCUGAACUGGGCUUCCCGUGGCAUCUACGGGGCGGCGUUGUGCUUGCUCAAGUGUCUCAGCCGUCGCACCAAGAUGGUCAUUAUAAUGCGCUGCGAUGAUUGUUUCGACAGUUUGGCCCAACUGAUCGCCAGUAUCCUGGCACCGGACACCGUACCGACGCUGGUGUUUUACCAGUGCUGGUGGAGGGACGACGACUCAGUAGGGGAUAUCGUGAACGGGAUUGUUGAGGAGUUGGUAGAGUGUUCAGUGUGUGAGAGAUUCGUGUGGAAGGACUGCGUAAUCGACACUAACUUUGUAGCGGCGCAUUUCUCGCUGUAUUCCUCAAGCGUCCGACAGGGCGACGAGCUGAAGAGGCUGCUGUGGGAUUCUUUUGAGGCCAACAACGGUUGCAUGAUGACAUUGAGUUCGGAUGUAACAGAAUGGAUUUCGGACCGCAUAACUGGCGAACGCAACGAGGAGAUGAAAGACAAGAUGGUGGAGGUCCUGAAUUCAUUCCAAAGUGAGGACCCGCGCCCGUCCACCCAUUACCGCGGUCGCACCUGGACGACGGCUACGCUGCGCGAUCUGGAUCCCAGCAAACUGACCCCGCUGACGGCAGAGGCCUUGACCAAAUGCUCUGAUUUCAAAACUGAGUCAGACAGUGACGAUUGAGCCAACUCCAGAUAAGUUGUCCGUUGUAGUGACUCAUGGGGACGCUCUGUUCUUUUAUCCGUAUGUGGAGGCGAGAAUCCAGUGGGCCUAGAAGUUUUUGUCACCAUUGGAGAAGUUAUGGUUUAGACGGACAUUUCGUUGACGCAGGUCGUCAUCAUUCAUCUAGUAAUUGCUGUAGCGUAACUAAAUAUCACCAAAUUGAUCGCAUUUCUCCUGGGUUUUGAAUUGCCGCGUACAAUGAGAGCGUUGCAUUCGUUCUGUUUGACGAGCUCCACUCCUUGAAUGGCAUCAGUAAUUAAGUUGCAGCAUGUUUGUCGGUCUGCUUGACAUUAGUAUAACAAUGAUUAUGGUAUCAUUUUCUACAUCUGCAUUGUGAUUUGUCAGUUGUGCGAUUGGACUAAUAUGCCGGAGUAUGAUAUGAUACAGUUCACUAUUUGGUUUAUUGAAGCUAAUAAAUA